GGAAGAACAACAAAAGCAAAAAGAAAACUUCAACAUUAUUCAAGCCAUUCAACAACCCGCGCUUAGAAAAGCCGCUAAAUUGCAAUCUAUUCUUUAGAAUUUACCACAUUUGUGUCUACAAAAGCCGAACACACCUGUUAAUUUCAUUAUCAAGGUUUCUCCCGAUGACUGUUGAGCAACAACAUUACAUGUAAAAUGUCAUCCAUACCUAGCAGAGGCCUUCAAGACCUAGAAAACUCAGUGCGUCUUCUUGAUUGUGCUUUGGCCAACUCUAGUGGAAGACCUUCCUUCAGACCAGAUUUGCAGCGCUCUGUUAACUUUUCUCGUAGCUCUUUAGGUGCUCUGAAUACGAGUGCAAGAGAUGAAAGCCUGGAUGCAAGUAUUAUUGGCAUGGCCAGUGGGAGACUUAGCGUAACUUCAGCUGUACGUCGUCCUUUGCCUCAAAAUCCACAACUUCUACAUGAUGUCUCCAUAACUCUUGCUCCACAUGAAUUUGAGCUUUUUGGAAACCAGUCUGUGCUCUCCAAAACCCUCUCUCAGGGACAUUGGUCCGAUACCUGGGACAGACUACACAUCCAAUUCCUUGAAAGUUUCCUCACUCAUGGUUCAGAGCAACAAGUUUUUGAUAUUGUUGGAGACUUUAUCCAAAAUUGCACUGACACACUCGAUGUCCUCCAAGAAGAGGCUGCUGCAAAGGGCAAAGACCACAAGGAUCUUGUGUGGCUGAGGAACGAGCGGAAUACCUGGCGGCUUCUUUACUGCCUGUAUCAAAACCGUUUGAGUACUCGGCACCGUGCUGCACUUGAUUCUCCAGAGAAUGGACAGUGCACUGUGAUGGAUGAUGAUAGACUUAGCAGCUGCCUUAAACAGCAUCCAAGUGAAAAAGAUGUUGUAAACCAGCUUUAUGAGAAUGACCCAGUAGUGAGAGAGUGCCAACUUGUCAUUGAUUGGUUGGAGAAAUGUGCAGCUGAUAACAAAAUGGUUAGGGGACCUGAGAUUGGUCAUUUCACUGACAAAAUUGUUGCUUGGGAAAAUACCCUCCUGCAACUCAAAAUGAAUAAGGAGAGAGAUACAAGUAUUGCUUAUGGUGCCAGCAAAAGCAUUGUUUCUCGCCUUGACCCAGAUGCUCCUGUCAGAGAGAACCGAUCACUGCAUGAUCUAGAUUGGGAAGAUGAGGCUCGACUUAUGCAACAAAUAUUUGCGGAAAUACGAUGUGGUCGUUUGGAUGCUGCUCAACUGCUGUGUUGUCAUUGUGGCCAACCAUGGAGGGCGGCAGAACUUGAGGGCUGGAGGCUCCUCCAUGACCCCAACUAUGAAUCUGCGCCUACUGCUGGUACUCAGCUUGCCAAAAUGCCCAUUGAAGGAAAUCCUAAUAGAGAUAUAUGGAAGGUCUGUGCUUGGCGGAUGUCAGAAGAUUACAAAAUGCCGGUGUACACCAGGGCAACCCAAGCAGCACUUUGUGGUAAUCUAGAUGCCCUUCUGCCGGUGUGUCAGAAGUGGCAGGAUGUAUUGUGGGCUUACCUCAGAGUUCUUGUUGAUAUCAGAGUCGAGACAGAAAUUCGUUCUCAAUUAGGUUUUUAUCAAGAAUACACUGAAAUGCCUGAAAAGUACUGGCAAAAAGAGCUAACACUAGAAGAAAUCUUUGAGCAAUUAGGAAAACAUGCAAAUUGUAGAGAAGAUGCUAGCAAACCAGACCAUCGAGUUCAAGAAUUACUGAUUCUUGAGAAAAUAGGACCUUUGUUAAAUAGAAUGGAAGAAUGGUCUUUAGAUUGUGGUCCUCAGAUGCUGCGAUUCUUUGCACACUUGGUUCUAGUUCUCAGAUUAUUAGGACAUAGUGAUCUUGCUGGUGACAAUGUCAUUCAGGCAUAUGUUAAGUAUUUGAUCAGUAUGCGUGAUCCAAGACUUGUUGCCCACUAUGUUGCACAGCUGCCUCAAGAAGAACAGAUUAAUAACUAUGCGUCCUUCCUAGCAACCGUUGUUGACUCUGAGGAGAGGCAGGCUUGCCUAGCAGAGGCAGAAGAGGCAGGUCUGGACAUUGAAACUAUCACCACUACUGUUGUAGAAAUGAUAAGAAAGCAAGAAAGCAAGUGUCAAAUAACUAGUGAAACUACAGCUAGUGACUUAAAAAAGAUAUCUUCUUUGGAUUGGCUUGUUUUCUACCCUGCUCAAAGAUCAGAAGCUUUGUGGCAGGCUAACGCACUCAUACGCUCAUUCCUUGCAACAGGCAAGAUAGAAGCUGCCACUAAGGCAUUUACAAAGAUUCCAUCAGACUCAAUUAGUCAAAUCAUGGCAGAAUUUCAGGUCAGACCUGAUGAUGGAGAAAUGAACUUCCAUCAAAGUCUUCCUCGUAGGGUUGCUUCAUCAGUUAGGGAAUACUUUUGCUACAAAGCCUACCUGGAUGCCAAGGAAGGAUUCUCGGAUUGGCACCAACACUUCCAUAAUGCAAAACCAAGCAAACCUGCAGAUCCUGGAGAAAAUGCAUCCUUCCAAGACAGAGUGGCUUAUGAUCACCGUUUAGCAGUUUUCCAACGUGAGCUAGACCGCUGGAAAAAAACAAUGCAGAGCCAAACUAAGACGGUUCGUUCCCUACUGUACAAUGUGCUCCUCUUCCCAGCUGGAGGUUGGCUUGUAGAUUCUUUUUCAAGCUGUCCAGAUCAAACAGAACUUAUGUCACAAGAAGAUGACACAGAUAAGCAGCGUGAAAAGGAGCUUGAGUACCUACGUGCACAGUGUAUCCCAGAGAUUGUGCUCCUUUUACAUAGUGUCUUGUAUAAAAUGGAAGAUUACAAUGAAUGUGUUCAGCUGGCUGACCUUAUUGUCUCAGAACAGUACCAGCUCUAUAAGGUUUAUUCACAAGAUCAACUAGGUGGAUUCAUGCUAAAAAUAGCUGAUGCCUCUCUGGCUUUACUUGAACAGAAGAAGGAUCCCUGGGGUUUGCCAUUGGCAUCAUGAGGACCUGGUGUGUAAAUAUUGCUACCUGAUUUUAAUUGUUAAGAAGUUUUUUGUUUAAGAUGUAGGAGUUAUAUUUAAUUUGACCUGUAUAUUUCAAAUGAACUGGAACAAUUUUAUGGAAAUCAUUGCUUAAGUCCAAGAGAAUGACAUUCUUUUUAUCUCUCCAAUCUCAAUAAAUUAUGAAAGAAAAAGCUUAAUAAGAUGAUGGUGUGAAUAACCAUUCUGUCACAUAGGUAAUUCCCUCCUUAUUUCUUUAGUUAAUUCAUUGUAGAUGUCUUUGUCAGGUAACUUCCUGCUGGUUAAAGUAAUUCAACCAAAAGUGUGUACUGCUACUUAAAGAAAUAAAACUAAUUAAUAAUGCAA